ACUGCUGGCCCCGUGGGUGCGUGAAGCUGCCAGGGCAUGAGGUCAAUACAGCCAUCAGCAAAGCAUUUAUAAUGAUAAUGCUGCACUGCCCCGUGCUGCGUUCCUCAGUGGGCGCUCAGCAGGCUCCGGACACCACAGCCGUGAGCUGGGCGGGUGACUAAACUCAGCACGGGCCGAGCGGCUCCCCUGAAGCUGCGGUGGCGGGGGUGGCAGUGGGGAGCCAAGAUGGCGCGUGGAGGGGAACCACACUACCCGCCCCCCCAUAUACAGGGUAAGGAAACCAGGGCAGGAACGUAGUUAUAGCUCCCUUUGCAGCGCAGUGCACAAAGGCAGGCACACACGGCCUCGGGCGCUGCCCCGUCCCCUGCGCAGCACAGCCCCUUUCCCCCCCCGCUCAGGCUCCGUGGGGUCGGUGUUCCCAUCCCGGGGGCGGGGCCGGGGCGGCGCCGGCCCGGACGGACGGGGCCCUUCCGUAAACACCACCCGGCCCAUCCCCCGGCCUACCCCCCGCACGCCGGCACGGCCCAGUGCCAGCGCGGGGGAGUCCACCGAAACCUCUUCCCGUGUCCCCGCAUAUUUCUCCAGGCUUCUUGCCCGGUCGGAGGCUGACUGAGGAGAUGCAGACAGUUUCUACUGGCAUAAGCGGAGGCAGGCCCAAGCGCCUCGGAUAACUCGCCGCUGACAGGCAGGAAAAGAUGACGCACCUCCCCGCUUCCACCAUCAGAGAUGGACGUGCCCGAGGAAGACACUAAUAGUCCGGGCUGGGUCUUUAAAUCUGAGGGGGGUGAAUGUGUGCGGCCCCGGCGAGCGCUGCGUAGGACGGCGGGGGUCAGCGCAGUAGACACACCGUGAAUUGCUCACACUCGGCAAACGAUUGGCAAGACUUUGGGCCACUACACUGUGAACAGCAUUAAUCAAAUCUUUUGAUGGACCACGUCCUGCAACAUUAAUCUUUUGGAGGUCUUGUUUACUGUGUAAACAAGGUAAAGGGAAUCAGAAUGCCUCUCAAUGAUGACCAGAACAGUGACUCAGAUUCUUCACGGCUCUCGGAAAGCACAGCUUCUUCCAGUGACUCAGAAUAUUCCAGGCAGAGUUUUAACAGUGAUUCUUCAAGCAAACCCAGCUCCCCAGCAUGUAAGCCUAUUUCAGCCUUACCUGCAUUGUGCAUGGACCAAUAAGGCUAACUUACCUUGUUUCUCUUUGCUGUUAUGGGUAGAACCUGGGAUUCUGAAUCUGUUUAAGAGUAUUAACAGAGAGGCAUGGCUUUCUCUCUGCUGUGAAGCAGUGCAUCUCCUGUGUGUGGAACACCAGCAGCAGCUGUAUCCAUGGGGGUCUUCCUGUGCACUCCUUCCCUUCAGAAAGUCAGCUAGCCCUCCCAAGGUUAUCACAUUUGAUGAACUGAUGGCAGCUACAAGAAAUCUGUCAAACUGGACUCUAGCUCAUGAAAUUGCUGUAAAUGCAAAUUUUUGCAUAAAACAUGAAGAGUACCCACAAAACAGCUUUGCAGGCACAGUGAAACAAAUCGUACACAAGGCGUUUUGGGAUCAUUUGGAAUCGGAACUGAAUGAAGAUCCUCCAGAAUACAAACAUGCUAUCAAGCUCUUUGAGGAAAUUAAGGAGAUUCUUCUUUCCUUCCUGACUCCUGGAGCAAACAGGAUUCACAAUCAAAUUUGUGAAGUUCUUGAUACGGAUCUUAUAAGACAGCAGGCAGAACACAAUGCUGUUGAUAUUCCUGGGCUAGCUAAUUAUGUCAUCAACACUAUGGGAAAGUUGUGUGCUCCAAUAAGAGACAAUGACAUAAAACAGUUAAAAGCAACUGACAAUAUUGUAGAGUUACUGAGACAAAUAUUCCACGUUUUGGACCUGAUGAAAGUGGAUAUGGCAAAUUACACAAUUAAAAGCCUUAGACCGUACCUCUGGCAUAAUUUGGUGGACUAUGAAAGAACAAAAUUCCAGGAAAUUCUUGAAGAAACACCAAGUGCCCUGAAUCUCACAACAGAAUGGAUAAAGGAAUCAAUACAAGAUGAAUUGUCAUCUAUUUCUGAUGAGUCUUCAUCAUCCCCUGGUGCUGAUAGUAGUUCAAAACCAAUUAUUAGUCCUACACUGGUGCUAAACAAUGGCUACUUGAAACUGUUACAGUGGGAUUAUUGCAAAACAAUUCCAGAGACUCUAAUAACAGACGAAGUCCGUCUUCAGGAGUUGAGAGAAAAGCUCAAUCAAUUGAAAGUCAUAGCUUGUGUUUCUCUCAUAACAAACAACAUGGUGGGUGCAGCAAUUGUAGAUGUGCCUGAUUUCGCUGACCAGCUGAAAAGGAUCUCCCUUCCUCUUCUUGAAGGCAUGAAUAAGAAAAGUUUUGACUUGAAGGAGGCUCUGAAUGCUAUUGGCGUCCAGAUUUGCAGCAUAGUGAACAAGUCUCUAAGUGAAAGAGGUCUUCCCACUCUUAGUGAAGAAAUGCAGAGUAAUUUAAUGGGUCAAAUCGCUCAUAUUGUUGAGAAGAAUAAUCCUGUCUCUUCCUUGAUUGACAAACGAAUCCAGCUCUUCAUGAGAAGCUUGCUUGCUCUUCCGAGUUUUCAGAAGUGUAUGCCUACUAUGCCAGGAGGCCUUUCUGUGAUUCAGACAGAGAUAGAAUUUCUGGGAUCUCAGUAUGCAAGCAUUGUAAACUUCAAUAAAAAAGUGUAUGGACCAUUCUAUGCAAAUAUACUUAGAAAACUGCUUUUUCCUGAGGCAGCAAUGGAGAAAACAGAAGCAGAAACAUCGAGCAAUUAAAAAAAUGUGCCCUUUUUUUAAUCUUCCAAGACAGUGGGGAAGUCACAUCUCUAAGAACAGCCUACUCCAGUGACUGUUGAUGGGGAAAGGUCUUGUUGAAUGUAUACAGAUAGUUUCAGAAAUUGACUGUAAAGAAAUUAAUGUCAAGGUCAUAUAUAUAUUUUAAUAGAAAAAUAUUUGUUUAAUGGAUUGUCACUUGUAAUAGCCAGAGAAUUAUUAAUUUCCAUAGCAAGCAUUUAUUAUGACUUGUAGUGGGAAAGAGCUGGCAAUGUACUUACUGUUUUGCCACCAUCAAAACAAUGUUAUUUUUAAACUCAAAUAUAUUUACAUAUAGCAGUGCAUAUUAGGAAAUGACAAAACUGUAGAUAAAAUGUACUAUGCUUACAUUGUAUUUUUGUAGAGUAGCAUCUCAGACAACAAUUAUGUUUCUGAGAAUACUUUGAAGAAGACAGUAUGGCAUAACUGCUUUAGUAACCAAACCCAGGGUCAUCCCAGGCCAAGUGCAGGUACUUCUGCAAUUACUGGACCCAGGACUUUGCCUCUGUUACAUUAAGGAAUGCCAGUGUUACAAACUGUUUGUAGUAUAGCUGUUACAGAAGCAGCAUUCACCACUUCAAGUAUGAAUCACUCAGAACUUCUCAGCUCUACUUGAGAUUAAUGAUAAACACCUGAGAAACAUGAUGUUGGGGGUGGAGUAAAUUUCUGUAUAUAAUUAAUGUGUUUAUAAGCAUUUUGUUUAUUCAGUGGAGGUCAUACAGAAUUUUUAAUAUGUGUAUGUAUUGAUCUUUGAUCUUAAUGGAUGGAUAUAAAGUAUUUUUAAGUUAGGUCUUUCUAACCUUUAUUCCCAAAAGCACUUAACCCUGACCUUACAGUGUACUACAGAAGAAGUGCCCCUUUCAUGCCCUUAUCCAACAGAAUGUAAAAUUUUCACAGGAUAUUCUUAGCUCUGGAAACAAGAACCUGAGUAAUUAGUAAUUUUUGAAAAUAUUACUGUAUUCACUUUUUUACGGAGUGUGUGAGAAAUGCUCCUGUUUUCCUCAAAUUUCUUUGGACUGGGCCCCAAUACUUAGUUCCCAUUUAAGGCAUUGGGAAUCUUGCAUACAGAAAAUGAAUAGGGUUGAAAUAGAGAAAUGUGGAAGUGAACUUCUUUAAGUUUACACAGGCUUUAUCUUGCAUAUUUCAGAUUACUGGGAUUAAGUAGUGCUGGAGUACAUAUUAUAGACGUGUUCUUGUCUAUGAAACUGAUAAUUUACUUGAAAAUGAUAUUUUAAUAUAUUACCAUAUAAUACUCCUUUUAAGAUGUCAUAUAUUGAAAACCUUGGUGUGGUACAAGUUGGAGCUUGUUUUUAAUAUUUUAUAUUACAGCCUAUUUUUUAUGAAGAGACAAAAAUAACCUGUAAAAGCAUAAUGUGUCACACAAAUUGUUUAUGUACAUUACUGUGUCUAUCAUAAAGGUCUAAAAAACCUGGGCAUUAUUAGCACUGUGGUUUUGUAGUCCAUUUCUACGGGAAUGUGUACCCUUUAUAGCAAAGGAAAUUACUUUAUUCAGUUUUUCUUCAGUGUCCAAGGUCUUUGGUCACAUGUAAAUGUUAAGGAAAACUUUCUUCAAAAUGCCUUUUUUAGAGAAAUUUCUCUAGUGCACUUGUCUUCUCUCCCCUGUUUGUGAAAACAUUGCAAUAAAGAUGAAUACAUAUUUUAAAGGGAACAGUUUCCUGGAAAACCUAGGAGAAAGGAACUCUUAGAUGAUCCUAACUGUGCCACUAGGUAAGCCAGGCUUGUUCAGAUGAAUAUGAAAUUUUGGUAGGCAAUUCAAAAUCAUUAAGAGAGGAAUGCAUUUCAAAAGCAGCUAGAGGGAAUUAAUCUUAGUGAUUUUCUGCAAUUUUAGAAAUACUUACAUGAUUUUGAGCUUCAGCCAAAAGAGAAUUUUAUGAACAUUUGAAGGUGAUUGCUAAUAUGGUUAUGAACUUCUAAAUGUAAUAUUUUAUAUACAUUCUGUUGUACAAAUAAACAUCAAACUUCAGCUCUUUAAUGAGCUGGGACAACUGUCCUACUAGUUUUUACCAGUAAAUACUCAAAGCAUAGCAUUUAUGGGGGGGUGGGGAUUAAGGUGACUUGCAAAGGGCAUUUUAUAGCAUGGCCUGUGUUUCAAGUGAUUGUUUAAUAUGUUUUAAUUUCAUGUUUCAAACAGGGACAUUGCAUCUGUUUAAUGUCAUGUGUUGCAUGCUAUUUAUGCUACUGUGCCUGAAAUGCACUUGCCUCUACUCAGAAGUUGUCCGUGUGAAACAAGAUGCCAUUCUGUAGCAGCUUUGUUAAAAAUCAAGUAUUUGAGGGUUUGUAUGCAUUGAAUUUUGUUUGUGAUACCAGCAGUGGUGAAAAGUCAUUUACACAAGCAUUGUUAAAUGCAACAGAUUGUUAAAUGCCAAAGAUAAACAACUCCACUAAUA